AUGACGACUUUGACCUUGCAAGAGGACUUCGCCCUGAACCCGGCCUCGCGUCCACAGCUGGUCAAGGACCUCACGCCCAACACAGAAGAGUACUACCUCUACCGUCUCCGAUAUCUCUCCCAGCAACUACAGACCGGCGAGGUGUCAGUGACUGCCAAGGCGAUCGAGGAAGCGCAGGCACUCCUCAACGCGGCAGUAAACUCUAACGUUGUCCUGGACUCGAGAGCCGUCGAGCAACUGACGACCCAAUUGGCCUUCCUGGCCUACCCUAUCAAGCCUGAUCCCCUCCUCAAACAGCUCAACCUCGACCCUGCUAUCCUUCAAGCCAUCCAGGGCGUCGAGGCAACUGGCGGUGGUGAUGGCAAUACGACCAAUGAUGAUGACGAGGCAGAGGCUGAUUCGGAAUCGCGCGGGGUCGAGAACUUGCCAACGGCAUUGGAUCCGACCUUGGUCAGCACAGAGACCAUGACCGAGAAACUGUUGGAGGAGAUCCAGUCGAACAUCUACAGUACUUCAAUCCCUCGCGAAUCUUGGCCUCACCUCCUUGCCCAACCGAAGUUCGAGUCGAUCGUCGACGGACUUGAUCCGGAUGAGCUCUUCAACCUCUUCCAAUCUUUUGCCCGACAGUUUUCGCCCUCGAGUCUAGAGAUCAUUGGUCAAGCAGACUCGACCAGGAUCGACCUCUUUGUCAUCAAGACCCUGCUCCGACUGUACAAGGAACAAAAGAUUGAUUUCUCGGACAAUCUUCUCCAAUUUUCUCAAUUGACCCGCGCACAGUUGGAGUGGCUCAAGAAAGAGGAUCCGUCGCUCAUGGACAAUGAAAAGUUUGUUGGGUUGCUCGAGAACAGGAUCGUUCCUGAACCCUUUGCGGCCGACAAGGAUGCUGCUUACAAGGAGUGGUUGGACAGGAUGGUGGUGUUCGUCGAUGGUCUGUCGCCAAAGUUUGAGCGGUACAAGGUUUCGGUCUACCUUUUGAGUUUGACGCACGACUUGAAGAGGGGUACCUUGGACAAGGCAAAGUUCCUAAGAUACGUCGUUCUCUCUCGUGGAAACUCGCAACCAAAGGAGAAGGGCAACGACAAGAUUUCCGUGUUCCAGCAACCAGUGUCGGACGCUCCGUAUUGGACUCUUUCAUCGUGGUCUUCUAGGGUCCCUGCCGCGAAGGCGGAGCGCCACGAUGAAGUGGAGGAAGAGUACCUGUCUCACUUUAUUCGUGAGGCCAAGUCAGCAGCCGAGUUUGAGCCCUAUUAUGAGGUUAAUGACUUUUUGAAUCCGCUGUUAGCACGCAUCAUGCUCACUUCGGGCGACAAGGACCUUGCAAAGUGGUCUAACAUGCUGUCCAAGCACGAGAACUUGUCCUUGUUGACCAAGCAGACGAUCCUCAAGUUUUCUCAAAACAACCCAAGUCGUUUCCUGCCCUCAGAUGCGGUGUUCUUCAAGCUCCGUGCCAAGAACGCACCCAAGAUCCUUGUGCGCGUCUUUGAGGUCAAGACGUUUGAUUACCUCCAGCAACACGAGAGUGGGUUCAUUGGCGAGAAGUUGAACCUGGAUGGAUUGACACCCAACUGGGAGCACACGCUUGUUCAGGAGUUCCCGGCCUUGGAGACGCAUGAGAUCACGAUUGAGUUGCCAGAGUUGUCCAACAAGCGAGGCGCGUUUGUGAUGGAUGUGAUUAGCAAUGGUGAGAGCAGCUCUGCUUACUUCACCAAGGGGUAUCUGGACUUUAUCGAGCGCCAGAGUGCUGCGGGACAUGUCCUCACCAUCAUCGACGAGAACCAGCAAAAGCUGACCGACAAGUGCAGCGUCUGGAUCAACGGUCACUACUACAAGUCAAAUGGCGAUGGAGAUAUCAUUGUCCCCUACAGAAAAGCCUCCUCUGCAUCAGACUUAAUCUAUCUCAUCCACGAUGGGUUUGCGACUCGCCGUCCUUUCACUCACCGCGUCGAGCACUACGACCUCAAGCUAGCUUGCCAUAUCGACCACGAGUCCUUAGUCGCUGGAGCCAACUCCAAGAUUGUUCUAAAGCCUACGGUUCAGAUCGACGGGGUUGUCAAUGUCCCAGUCAACUUGCUGGAGCAGGUUGAACUCGCGAUCGACUAUGUGGAUACAAACGGUAUCUCUUCCAAGACAACCGUUCCUGACUUCAAGAUUCACGACGUUGACUGGUCCGAGUACAUCUUCCAGGUUCCUGAGAACCUUGCUAGUCUGUCCACCACCCUCUCGGCCAAGAUCAAGGUCAUCUGUUCUGGCGAUUUCCAGGAUCUCACCGCCACAAAAAAAUUCACUUUUGAAAGCCCCAGCUCGGACGAGUCGGUAAACUUCGAGAUCAAGGGCAAUUGGGACAAUGUGAGGAUCCCCGGUGAACUCUUGACAGUCCUCAGAAAGAACACCGACGGCUACAGAGUCUUGGCGCUUGGAAUGAACGGUGAACGACGGGCCAACAUCCCUCUGGAGUUUGACAUUUCUCACCCGAUCUGGACCGAGAACGUCAAGGUCUACCUGCGGACUGACAACAGUGGACAGGUGUUUUUAGGCCACUUGCAGGAUAUUGAUUCUUUGACCUGCAACACGACCACAAUGAAGUGGAACAUUACAGAGCAGGACCUGCAUGUGUACCCUUCGACUAUCAACAGCAUUGAGGGCGAGGUUAUCUCUAUCCCUAUUGCGAACGGUGAUGUUGACACCAUUCGCAAGGUUGCCUUGUUUUCGACUACUGAGAAGGAAGGCGAGAGUCUUUUGGGAAACCUAACUGUCUUGGAUGAUCACACCAAGAACGUUCACUAUGAGAAUGGUCUACUCUCGAUCAAGGGGCUGAAGGCAGGAUACUACGUUUUCCUGUCCGACAUCCACGUCAAGAUCAGGUUUGUAGUCGCCUCUUCUAAGACAACAAGAUCUCAUAUUCAAGGACUGGAGGACUUUGUCGUCGGAUCGAACCCCAUGUUGGAGCUUUUGGAGAGCGCCAAGCUUCCACUGUACAUCUCUCCUUCCGUCGCCGAAGGAGACCAACAUAAGGUCAACAUCCAGUUGUACAACUGGAGCUCCGAGACUCGCGUCUGUGUCCUUGCCUCCAAGUUUGUCCCCUAUGGCGAUCGCGCGUUCAACAACUUGAAAUCUUUGGAUGCGGAAGAGCCAUGGUGGAUGGACAAGACUCUGCAGACUUCUACGGCGUUCAAGAGUGGACGUGUUCUCGGAGAAGAAUACCAAUAUGUGCUGAACCGCAAGGCUCAUACGACUCGGUGGGCCGGAAACUUGCUGACCAAGCCAACUACCCUUCUCACUCCAAGAGUUGUUGCUGAGACAACCCAGUCAAAGCAAGUCAUGCUUGGAGGCGUAGCGGGCGCGAAAGCCAUGACUAAUGCCAUGGAGGCGCUAUGUGAGGAUUCCGAGUUCCGGAGUCACAGGUUUCGCAAAUCCGCUCGCAUGUGCACCUCCUCACGCAGCCGUGCACCCCCAACGCUCAACUUUUUGGCCAACCCAAGUGUGGCCCUCGUCAACUUGUCUCCAGAUCCUGCUACCGGAGUGGUGAGUGUCCCAUUCUCUGCUCUCAAGGAUGGAUCGUUCCUCCAGGUUGUUGCGUCGGACGGACAUCAGAUCUUGCAGCGAUCGUUUGUCGUCCCUCGUCUCUCUGCUGCAGCUGACUUUGAGUUCCAGAAGCGGGAUUUGAGGUUCAAGAGCCAACUGGAUCACACCAAGCACUACAUUGGUGAGCGUACCGGAGUUGACCUCGACCCUAUGGCGCCCGGCGGUGGUGCUGACGUGAAUAGUCUGAAGUCGAUCACUCUGGCAUCGAACGGUUCGUCGUCUGCUAUUCGGGUCAUCAACUCUGUCAGCCAGGUCUAUGACAUUAUGUUGACUUUGCUCCCCGCUGAGGAUGACAAGCAGGCUUUGAGGAAGUUUGGCUUUGUGGCUGACUGGGGUAGACUGUCAAAUGAGGCCAAGAAGGAGAAGUUCUCCAAGUGGAACUGCCAUGAGCUCAACUUGUUCCUCUACAAGAAGGACAGGCCAUUCUUUGAUGCCGUGGUCGCCCCAUUCCUGAAGAACAAGUUGAUGAAGUCGUUCAUGGACAAUUACUUCAUUGGAGCGCCUCUGGACAGCUACGCGACACUCCAAGAGUUCGGCCAGUUGACAUGCAUGGAGAAGUGCCUCUUGGCUCAGCGUCUCCCUACUCUGACGCCCGCUGUGGUUCGAUGGAUGAAGGAUCGAGUCCACAACGCUCGUGGCGCAGGUCAUGUCAAGCUGUUCCAGACCGUGAUGAACUCUGGCAAUCUUAAGGAGGCAACUGAUACAGAGGAACUUCAUGAAGACGCGAUAUCUGACGAUGAUAUGGGGUUCGCUCUUUAUGAUGACGAAGCAGAAGUGGGUAGUGCACAUUCAGCAAGGUUCAUGGACGCGAACUACGACAUGUUGGAAUCCGCGCCAGGGGGAGGAGCAUCCAUGAUGCCAAUGGCCUAUGCUGCGCCCGCUGCGCCCACAGUGUCCUACUCCAGGUCCAAGAAGAAGAAGUCCCUCAUGAACACUAUGGCGGAGAGGUCACGAUCGGAGAGGAUUGUCAGGAACCAGUUCAAGCCUGUGGAUCUGACCAAGGAGAUGGGCGAGACUUAUUACUAUGACCGGGAUGAUUUUAGGAAGUAUGGAAGCUUUGAUGAGGCCAACUUGUUCUGGCUUGAUCUGGCGCAGUGGGAUGAAUCCAAGGGCUCUUUCUUGUCACAGAACUUUGUUGUCAACACUGGUAACUUCACGGAUGCUAUGGCGACACUCGCCUUGCUGGAUGUGACCUUCCGUCCCAAGGACGCUUCGCUCACACGUUCGUCUGACCAGAACUUGGUCAUCACGUCCCAAGCCCCCGCCAUUGUCUUCCACUCCUCUACCAAGGAGUUACUUGAAGCACCGGUGACAGGAACUGUCUUGGUGACUCAGCAGUACUUUGAGCAGUGCGAGAAGACGACCUUUGACGAGGUGUUGAUGACCCAGGUGCGCAAGUACAUUCAGCCAGGCCAGGAGUUCCGACCCCUCGAGUCCUAUGGAGCACAUGUUGUCUUGAUGAACGGCACGCCCAAUCCGAUGAAGGUGCAUUUGGAGGUGCAGAUCCCUCAGGGAGCAAUCUCCAUUUACGGCAGCGUGGUGUCGGGACACGACAUUGAGCUGAGACCCCACGCUACGUUCCAGUACGAGUACGGAUUCUACUUCCCAGAACAGGGUGACUUCCCUCACUACCCAGCCCAUGUCUCAAACUACGAGGAUAUUAUCGCGUUUGGCUCCCCUGCAGUUCUCAAGGUCCGCGAACCAGCCCCCGACCGCCAGGAGACCCCGAUGAACACCUGGGGACAUAUCCUCAAGAACGGCAACCGAGAGGAUAUCCUGACCAAGUUGGAGGCCAGCCCCCUGAGCAGUUUACCCAUCGACCAGUUGGUUCCUCGUCUGUACAAAGACCGUCAGCUGCUCAAGCGUGUCACUUUGGCGCUGCGCUCUCGCCAGGAGUACGAUAAUCAGAUCUGGAGUGCUGCAUUUGCGGUGCAGAACGAGGAGCUGAUCAAGGAGUAUCUAAUGAACCGGAACCCGAUGGACUUUAAGGUUGGCGACUGGUUUACUUCGAGUCUCUAUAGCCGCCGACCUCACUGUCGGUUUGAAGGAACCUGGGAGGACUCUUUCAAGUACCUCGAGUACUUCCCCCUCAUCAACUCUCGAACUCACAAGGCGACUCGUACGGCGACGAUUUUGAACGACAAGUUCAGGGAGCAAUACGACCACUUCUUGCGACUGCUGAGCGAGAAGCCCAAGCAUGAUGUCGACGACCUUUUAGUCCUCAUUGUCUACCUCUUGGCCCAGGACAGGAUCUCGGAGGCCAAGGACAAGUUCAAGGAACUCCACGCCCUCAUCAGCUCUACCAACGAAGAAGCAUCUCGCGAAUACUUCCAGCAGCUUCAGUACGACUACUUAUGGGCAUACCUAAGUCUCUGUAUCGAGGUUCCCGCAGAUGUGUCUGGAUCGGAACUAGAUCUGGAUGUACCGGGGGUUCAGGCGAUUCUGGACAAGUACCAGGAUUACCCUGUUGAGCGCUGGAGUAAGAUGUUCAAGGAGAUGCAGCUUUAUGUAGAUGAGAUCAACCAGUCUCUCACUGCUGUGCCCAACCCAGCGGCUUCUCCUAUUGUUGAUGGAGCUGCCUCUGAAACCAACAGUAAUGCGGAGGAGGAGGACGGAAAGGAUGAUGCAUCCGAGGUUCCUGUCACGGUCGACUUCAAGAUUGGAGCCGAGAGUAUGGUGAUGGUCCGUCAUCGUGGAGUUCGUGAGGUCACGGUGGAGUACUAUUCCAUUGACGCCGAGGCCAUGUUCUCGGCUUCGCCAUUGACGUUCAGCGACCAAGGCGAGAACAGCGAGUCGUCCAACUCUUCCAGGGAUGGUGAUGCCAGCAACAGCUACCGCCUUGUGAAGCCCAACGGAAUCGACACCCACAAUGUCAAGCGCGCCGUGGCGACGGACGGUCUGUUGAUGAUCCCCAUCUUGCCCCAGUAUCUCAACUCAAACGUCAUGGUCUCCGUCACAACCUCUCCACCCGCCGCCAACAGGACCUGGAAGACCUACUACUCUCAGACAAUUGUUGUGCAGACUUUGGAACAGACGGGCACAAUCAAGGUGAUCUCCAAGUCGGAUAAUGGACGCCCCAUCCGCGGCGGGUAUGUCAAGGUAUAUGCGGAGAUGAAGCAGCUCACCGCCGAGGGAUCGACGACUGCCUUCUGGAAGGAUGGAUACACUGAUCUGGUGGGUCGAUUCGCUUAUGCCCAAGUGUCGACGGGGGCUGCGCCUUCGAGCAAUGGUGGUGGUGGAUUGGGCGAUGUUAAGCGGUUUGUGUUGUUCGUUGGUGGUGGUCGGGAAGGAUGUGUUGUUAAGACUGUUCCUGUCCCUCCUGUUUGA